CCUGAACCUGAGAGCGGCGAGCGGCGGCGCUAGGACCUGGCGGGCCUGGGCUGCGGCGGGGCCUGGGCGGCCAGUGUGGCGCGGACCCCGGCUCUUGGCUCCCGGCGCCAUGUGAGGGGGCUCGGGGGUCGCGGGGAGCCGGGCGCUCCCCGGGGGAGAUGAGGAAACUGAGGCUCAGAGAGGUCACAUGGCUUGCCCGAGGCCCCUCAGCCAUGCCUUCUGGCCUCGAAUCUGCUGGAGGUGGCUGGACACAAGUACUUACUCCCUUUUGACAGGUGUGACCCUACACCCCUGCCCCCUGGGCCACCUGCAGGACGCUGGCCCCUGCUCCUCAGCAGACGCCGGAGAGAGAUGAGCAGCAACAAAGAGCAGCGGUCAGCAGUGUUCGUGAUCCUCUUUGCCCUCAUCACCAUCCUCAUCCUCUACAGCUCCAACAGUGCCAAUGAAGUCUUUCAUUAUGGCUCCCUGCGGGGCCGAACCCGCCGGCCCGUCAACCUCAAGAAGUGGAGCAUCACCGAUGGCUACGUCCCCAUUCUCGGCAACAAGACUCUGCCCUCCCGGUGCCGCCAGUGUGUGAUUGUCACCAGCUCCAGCCACCUGCUGGGCACCAAGCUGGGCCCUGAGAUCGAGCGGGCCGAGUGCACAAUCCGUAUGAAUGACGCACCCACCACGGGCUACUCAGCCGAUGUGGGCAACAAGACCACCUUCCGCGUAGUGGCCCAUUCCAGCGUAUUCCGUGUGCUGCGCAGGCCCCAGGAGUUCGUCAACCGGACCCCUGAAACCGUGUUCAUCUUCUGGGGUCCCCCAAACAAGAUGCAGAAGCCCCAGGGCAGCCUGGUGCGCGUCAUCCAGCGGGCAGGCCUGGUGUUCCCCAAUAUGGAGGCUUACGCCGUCUCUCUUGGCCGCAUGCGCCAGUUCGAUGACCUCUUCCGGAGUGAGACAGGCAAGGACAGGGAAAAGUCCCACUCGUGGUUGAGCACAGGCUGGUUCACCAUGGUGAUUGCGGUGGAGUUGUGUGACCAUGUGCACGUCUAUGGCAUGGUGCCCCCCGACUACUGCAGCGGCCCCGCCUGCAGCGCAUGCCCUACCACUACUAUGAGCCCAAGGGGCCAGACGAGUGUGUCACCUACAUCCAGAAUGAGCACAGCCGCAAGGGCAACCACCACCGCUUCAUCACGGAAAAGAGGGUCUUCUCGUCCUGGGCCCAGCUGUACGGAAUCACCUUCUCCCACCCCUCCUGGACCUAGGCCACCCUGCCUGUGGGACUCUCACAAGGGACACAGGAGAAGUGGGUCUCCGCCCAGCCGCUCGACCACGGGCCAUCGUCUGGCUAAUCAAGGCUGGUCAGAGUGUCUUCUGGCUGUUCAGGCCUUGAAGAGGAUAAAAUCUCCAGCCAUUCAGGGCCUGGGGGUAUCUCUUGGCCAAUCAGGGAUUUGGGCUUCUAUGUGGUUCAUCGGGUGUCGAGGGUAUUUCUUGUCCAGUCAGGGUCUGAGCAUAGUCAAUCAGGGUAUUUCUGAGUAAUCCGAGGCUAAUGUCGUGUCCUUUCCCAUGAGGCCUUGGUUCAGAGUCCCAGGACGGACUCUAAAUCACUUACUAUUGGUUGGGACAGUGGGGUCCUGUCCCAAGGAGCUGGGAACUCGUGUUGCCCCCUCACUCCCCAGAGCCAGAAAGAGGUUGUGUGAUGGUGGGAGCUGUCUGGAGUCCAGGCAGGGGCAUCUGUGGGGUUAGGGGGGUUCCAGGCAUGGGAGGCUGGUGUCCAGGUCUUGGCUCUGCCCUGAGUGGCCUUGGACAGACCCCUUGCCCCCUCUCUGGGCAUCCUUCUGCCUGUGUCAGGUUCUAGAGUCUGAGAACCCUCCCACCUCCCCCAGCGACCACCUUGGGUCUGUCCUCCGUCAAGAUUGGACCCCUCCUUGGGCUUCCCUGGUGGCGCAGUGGUUGAGGAGUCCGCCUGCCGAUGCAGGGGCCGCGGGUUCGUGCCCCGGUCCGGGAAGAUCCCACGUGCCGCGGAGCGGCUGGGCCCGUGGGCCGUG